GAGUUGGUCACGUGCCCGGAUGUGGGAAGUGGUAGGGGAACGGCUGCUUCCCGUUCAACGCUUUACUGAGGGGUGCGUCCCAGUGGCAGUGGCUGCCCAGGCCCCAUCCAGUCUCGAUCUUGGAGGACCCGCCUCGGCACAGCCGGGCUCGGUGCGGCCUUGCGCUGAGAAAAGAUGACAGCAAUCAAGCAUGCAUUGCAAAGAGACAUUUUUACACCAAACGAUGAGCGCCUGCUAAGCAUUGUGAAUGUCUGCAAAGCAGGGAAGAAGAAAAAGAAUUGUUUUUUAUGUGCCACAGUGACAACUGAACGCCCUGUGCAGGUGAAGGUGGUCAAAGUCAAGAAAUCUGAUAAGGGGGAUUUCUACAAAAGGCAGAUUGCUUGGGCCCUUCGAGACCUCGCUGUGGUCGAUGCCAAAGAUGCUAUCAAGGAAAAUCCUGAAUUUGAUUUACACUUUGAAAAAAUAUAUAAAUGGGUUGCUAGCAGUACUGCUGAAAAGAAUGCAUUUAUUUCAUGCAUUUGGAAAUUGAAUCAGCGAUAUCUCCGGAAGAAAAUUGAUUUUGUCAAUGUUAGCUCACAACUUUUGGAAGAACUGCCUAAAGUUACAGAAGAAUCUGUUCCAAGUGGCGAAAAUCAGAGUGUGACAGGAGGUGACGAAGAAGCAGUGGACGAAUACCAGGAGUUAAAUGCAAGAGAGGAGCAGGAUAUUGAAAUAAUGAUGGAAGGCUGUGAAUAUGCAGUCUCGAAUGCUGAGGCCUUUGCAGAAAAACUGUCCAGAGAGCUUCAGGUGCUAGAUGGGGCCAACAUCCAGUCAAUCAUGGCCUCUGAAAAACAAGUGAAUAUCCUGAUGAAAUUGCUGGAUGAGGCUCUAAAGGAGGUGGAUCAGAUUGAAUUGAAACUCAGCAGUUACGAGGAGAUGCUCCAAAGCGUGAAAGAACAAAUGGAUCAGAUCUCGGAGAGCAACCACCUCAUUCAUCUUAGUAAUACUAAUAAUGUAAAACUCCUGUCUGAGAUAGAAUUCCUUGUGAACCACAUGGACUUGGCCAAAGGGCAUAUAAAGGCCCUUCAGGAAGGAGAUCUUGCUUCUUCCAGAGGCAUUGAGGCCUGUACCAAUGCCGCUGAUGCACUUCUGCAGUGCAUGAACAUAGCUCUUCGACCAGGCCAUGACAUGCUUUUGGCUGUCAAGCAGCAGCAGCAGCGCUUCAGUGAUCUGCGAGAGCAUUUUGCCCGGAGACUGGCCAGUCACCUCAACAAUGUUUUUGUUCAGCAGGGUCAUGACCAGAGUUCAACUCUUGCUCAACACUCUGUUGAACUGACUUUACCCAAUCACCAUCCAUUUCAUAGAGAUUUGCUCCGAUAUGCCAAGCUGAUGGAGUGGUUAAAGAGCACAGACUAUGGAAAAUAUGAGGGACUAACAAAGAAUUACAUGGAUUAUUUAUCCCGGCUAUAUGAAAGAGAAAUCAAAGAUUUCUUUGAAGUUGCAAAGAUCAAGAUGACUGGCACAACUAAAGAAAGCAAGAAGUUUGCUACACUGCCUCGAAAAGAAAGUGCUGUCAAACAGGAAACAGAGAGUCUCCAUGGAAGUUCGGGGAAAUUAACUGGAUCUACUUCUAGUCUAAACAAACUCAGUGUUCAGAGUUCAGGGAAUCGCAGAUCUCAGUCUUCUUCCCUGUUGGAUAUGGGAAACAUGUCUGCCUCUGACCUCGAUGUUGCUGACAGAACCAAAUUUGAUAAGAUCUUUGAACAGGUACUAAGUGAAUUGGAGCCCCUGUGUCUGGCAGAACAGGACUUCAUAAGCAAAUUUUUCAAACUACAGCAACAUCAAAGUGUGCUUGGAACCAUGACUGAAGCUGAGGACCUGGAUGGAGGAAUGUUAUCGCGGCAGCAUAAUUCUGGCACACCACUGCCUGUUUCAUCUGAGAAAGAUAUGAUCCGCCAGAUGAUGAUUAAAAUAUUUCGCUGCAUCGAACCGGAACUAAACAAUUUAAUUGCGUUAGGAGAUAAAAUUGAUAGCUUUAACUCCCUCUACAUGCUCGUCAAAAUGAGUCAUCAUGUAUGGACGGCACAAAAUGUAGACCCUGCUUCUUUUCUAAGUACCACAUUGGGAAAUGUUUUGGUGACUGUCAAAAGGAACUUUGACAAAUGCAUUAGUAACCAGAUAAGGCAAAUGGAAGAAGUAAAGAUCUCAAAGAAGAGUAAAGUUGGGAUUCUUCCAUUUGUUGCUGAAUUUGAAGAAUUUGCUGGACUUGCAGAAUCAAUCUUUAAAAAUGCUGAGCGUCGUGGAGACCUCGACAAAGCAUACACUAAACUUAUCAGAGGAGUAUUUGUUAAUGUGGAGAAAGUAGCAAAUGAGAGCCAGAAGACCCCCAGGGAUGUGGUUAUGAUGGAAAACUUUCACCAUAUUUUUGCAACUCUUUCUCGUUUGAAAAUCUCAUGUCUAGAAGCUGAAAAAAAAGAAGCCAAACAAAAAUACACAGAUCACCUUCAGUCUUAUGUUAUUUACUCUUUAGGACAACCUCUCGAAAAACUAAAUCAUUUCUUCGAAGGCGUCGAGGCGCGCGUGGCCCAGGGUGUAAGAGAGGAGGAAGUGAGCUACCAACUUGCGUUUAAUAAGCAAGAGCUCCGGAAGGUCAUCAGAGAGUACCCCGGGAAGGAGGUGAAGAAAGGCCUCGAUAACCUCUACAAGAAGGUCGACAAGCAUUUGUGUGAGGAAGAGAACUUACUUCAGGUGGUGUGGCACUCCAUGCAAGAUGAAUUCAUCCGCCAGUACAAGCACUUUGAAGGCUUGAUAGCUCGCUGUUAUCCAGGGUCUGGUGUUACAAUGGAAUUCACCAUCCAGGACAUUCUGGAUUAUUGUUCCAGCAUUGCACAGUCCCACUAAACUUUGUGAAAGAAAAAAAGAUAAAUGGACGGAGCCCUGAGUGCACCAGACACUACACAAAAUAUCAGGCAACUGUUUUGAGAACCCAGACUUAAAUUAUAUGCAUUAUUAAAUGUCAGAUAAAUGGAUAGUACCAUACCACAGAUAUCUGAGUGCAAAAUUACCAACCUACAUAGCAAUUUUAGUUGCCCAAUGGGUUGUGUACUAACUUCAAGUAUUUAUCUCAUCAUAAAAUGCCUUUAGCAUUUUUCAGCGACUAAACAGGAAAUCUUCCUUUAUUAACUAGCUUCUUGUGUGUGAGUGGUCAUCCUAUGAGAUACAUUGAGAGUUCUUCAGCUUUCACUGUUCUCUGUUACUUACAAAUCAUGUAACUUCUAAAAUAUUGUACAGAAUUGUUUUUUCCACUGUCUAACAAAAAGUGUAUAUGGAUAAGGGAGCUUGUAACUUAUAAGGACUUUGAGGAUUAUGUGACUGUGUAGUGAUUGAAAUAAAGACAUUUUUAAAAAGUUGG